AAAAAAAAAAAAAAAAGGAAAAGAAAGAGAAAAAGGAGGGAUAGUGGAGCGCAGGGCUUCGGCCGCCACCCACACGCAGCGUCCUCGCCUCAUCGCGGUCACGGCCGCCGCCCUCGGCCCCCCGCCACUCCCGGGUGGCCCAGCCCUCGGACCCCGCGACCGGCAGGGCGCUGCCCGCCGGCGGGGACCUCAGGGAUCAUGGCCCAAGUCGCAAUGUCCACCCUGCCCGUCGAAAACGAGGAGUCCUCGGACAGCAGGAUGGUGGUGACGUUCCUCGUGUCUGCGCUGGAGUCCAUGUGUAAAGAGCUGGCCAAGUCCAAAGCAGAGGUGGCCUGCAUCGCAAUGUAUGAGGCAGACGUGUUUGUCGUGGGCACGGAGAAAGGACGUGCUUUUGUGAACGCCAGGACGGAUCUGCAGAGGGAUUUUGCAAAAUACUGUGUUGCCGAAGGGCUGCCGGAGGUGAAACCCCCUCAUCCUGUCAACGGGAUGCAGAUCGACUCAGGGGAAACGGAAAUACUCAGAAAAGCCGUGGAGGACUAUUUCUGCUUUUGUUAUGGUAAAGCCCUGGGGACGACGGCGAUGGUGCCUGUUCCGUAUGAGAAGCUGCUGACGGACCAGGCAGCCGUGGUGGUGCAGGGGCUCCCAGAAGGGGUCCCCUUUCAACACCCUGAGAACUACGACCUUGCAACCCUGAAGUGGAUUUUGGAGAACAAAGCGGGGAUUUCGUUCACCAUCAAUAGGCCUUUCCUAGGUCCAGUGAAUCCACCAGGGGGACCAGGGGUGGUGACAGAUGCUGUGAGAUCUGUGACAUCACCAAGUGAAAGUUGUGUCCCCGUCAACGUGAAGACAGAACCCAUGGAAGAUUCCGGCAUUUCACUGAAAGCAGCAGCUGUGUCAGUCAAGAAAGAAUCAGAAGAUCCUAAUUACUAUCAGUAUAAUAUGCAAGACAGCCAUCAUUCUUCUGCAAGCAAUGAAGUAAUAGAAAUGGAGUUACCAAUGGAAGAGUCUACUCAGCCUGUCCCUCCAGAAACAAGUGAGGAUGCUGAAGCCGAGGUGAAAAUCGAAGGAAACACCAAUUCAUCCACUCUUACCAAUUCUGCAGUGGGUGUUGAAGAUCUUAACAUUGUCCAGGUGACAGUCCCAGAUAACGAGAAGGAAAAAUUAUCAAGCAUUGAAAAAAUAAAACAACUAAGAGAACAGGUCAAUGACCUCUUCAGCCGAAAAUUUGGUGAGGCGAUUGGAGUGGAUUUCCCUGUGAAGGUUCCCUACCGGAAAAUCACCUUCAACCCCGGCUGUGUGGUCAUUGAUGGCAUGCCCCCGGGGGUGGUGUUCAAAGCCCCCGGCUACCUGGAAAUCAGCUCCAUGCGGAGGAUCCUGGAUGCCGCAGAAUUUAUCAAAUUCACAGUCAUCAGACCACUUCCGGGACUCGAGCUCAGCAAUGUGGGCAAGAGAAAGAUAGACCAAGAGGGCCGGGUCUUUCAAGAAAAGUGGGAGCGAGCCUAUUUCUUCGUGGAAGUGCAGAACAUCCCUACGUGUCUGAUAUGCAAACAGAGCAUGUCGGUGUCCAAGGAAUACAACCUGCGACGCCACUAUCAAACCAACCACAGCAAGCACUACGACCAGUACACCGAGCGCAUGCGCGACGAGAAGCUCCGCGAGCUCAAGAAGGGGCUCAGAAAGUACCUCUUAGGGUCCUCGGACCUGGUGAGUCCCGAGCGAAAACCAGGCUUGGCCAACGUGAGUCCCAGGGAAAAAGCUGCCGUCCAGCCUGUAGAAGAUGUGGCCGGGAACUUAUGGGAGAAGUUACGUGAGAAGAUCAGAUCCUUUGUGGCCUAUUCCAUCGCCAUCGACGAGAUCACAGACAUCAAUAACACCACCCAGCUGGCCAUAUUCAUCCGAGGCGUCGAUGAGAAUUUCGACGUCUCCGAAGAGCUUUUGGACACGGUGCCCAUGACCGGCACAAAGUCUGCGAAUGAGAUCUUUCUGCGUGUGGAGAAAAGUCUUAAAAAGUUUAAUAUCGACUGGGCGAAACUGGUAAGCGUGGCCUCCACCGGCACCCCCGCCAUGGUCGAUGCCAACGACGGGCUUGUCACAAAACUGAAGUCCAAGGUGGCGACGGUUUGCAAGGGCUCCGACCUGAAGUCCGUCUGUUGCAUUAUUCACCCGGAAUCGCUCUGCGCUCAGAAGCUGAAGAUGGACCACAUCAUGAGCGUGGUCGUCAACGCCGUGAACUGGAUCUGCUCCCGCGGACUGAACCACCGUGAGUUCACGACUUUGCUCUACGAGCUGGACAGCCAGUACGGCAGCCUUCUCUACUACACCGAGAUCAAGUGGCUCAGCCGAGGGCUGGUGCUGAAGAGGUUCUUCGAAUCGCUGGAAGAAAUCGAUUCCUUCAUGUCCUCCAGAGGCAAGCCCCUGCCUCAGCUGAGCUCUGCGGAUUGGAUCAAAGACUUGGCCUUCCUGGUGGACAUGACCAUGCAUCUGAACACGCUGAACCUCUCGCUCCAAGGGCACUCCCAAAUCGUGACGCAGAUGUACGACCUGAUUCGGGCCUUUCUGGCCAAGCUGUGCCUCUGGGAAACUCAUCUGGCCAGGAAUAACCUGGCGCACUUUCCCACCCUGAAAUCGGUGUCCAGAAAUGAAAGCGACGGCCUCAACUAUAUCCCCAACAUUGUGGCGCUCAAGGCCGAGUUCCAGAAAAGGCUGUCCGAUUUCAAACUCUACGAAAGGGAACUGACCCUGUUCAGCUCCCCCUUCUCCGUGAAGAUCGAGAGCGUUCAGGAAGCGCUGCAGAUGGAGGUGAUUGACCUGCAGUGCAACACGGUCCUGAAAACCAAAUACGACAAGGUCGGAAUACCGGAGUUCUACAAAUACCUCUGGAGCAGCUACCCCAAGUACAGAACCCACUGCGCCAAGAUCCUGUCCAUGUUUGGCAGCACCUACGUCUGCGAGCAGCUCUUCUCCAUCAUGAAACUGAGUAAGACGGAAUACUGCUCCCAGUUAAAGGACUCCCGGUGGGAUUCCGUCCUCCACAUCGCCACGUGACCUCGCCCCGGCAGGGUGCCCGGGCCCCGGAAGCCUAGACGCCGCUAGGGCCGCAGGUUGUCAGAUGAGCAAAUGAGUUCUUACAUUUUUCUGGCGUUCCGUUUUUUCCACCUUGACUGGGAAAUACCAUUUGCGGUAUCAGACCUGUUUGUAUGACAUUUUGUGCUUCCCCACGGCCCAGUAAAAAUCAAGAAAGUUUCUCGUA